AUGGAAGGGAAAUUGCAAUCGGCACAUCUACAGUCUUGCAAUAUACCAAAGAGCAUUAACAGUUGCAUUCUCAGCGAUACUGGCCUCUCUGAACCUGUUUCAAUCCUGCGUCGAGGCAAAAGGAAGACGAGACUGCUGGCAUCUAUGGGACUGCAGUUGAGAGACAUCCAGGUGCUGUUUCUGGUACUGAUGGUUGUGAUUGAACCGUUUCUUCGCUGUGCUGCUGCUGCUGCGGCUGAUGGCAUGGUCACCCGAACGAGAAUGGCCACGCCUGCAGCCGACAACGAUCCCUUGGUGAAACUCACGAACUGCUUUCCCACCGUAAUACUCAACAGCUUCCUCAACCUGUACACCUGCGAAGUUAACAACGUCCAACCACUGAAUGAAUCGAAGCUCUUUGCCUCUUACUAUCAUGGAGAGGGCCUCAUUCCUGGAUGGCCGGCGACUCUGGACGAGGAAACCAAUACCAUUACAUUCACGCCUAAUGGUGGUGCCCCGUCUUCAGGACGUUGGGACUUCGUCAUCACGCAGGUUUCUGCUGAUGGAUUCUCUUACAUUCCUCUGACGACCAAUAAGAGCAUGGACUUCAUGAUGAUUACUGCGACUCGUGCGAAUUUUGCUUUACUCUAUCCGUAUUACGGUAUGGGUGUAUCGUUUGCACCCAAUCUCCCGAGAGGCACCACGGCUUCUGACUACAUGCUGGUCCGCUCUUUCAAUGGCUGCCGGUACACCACUACAACCUGCACUGACACUGUUGGGUGCUACAGAAUGCUGCCACCUGCAAAGCUUCCCCCUCCAGGCAGCUACUGGCUCUGUGUGACGUCAAAUGACUGGAACUCCCAAUACCUUCUGUGGGAUUUGAAUCCUCUUGAGGUGAACGUGCUGAUAGCCACGCCGCUGUACUUGACAGCUGGUAAAGACAGAAAUGUCGUGCUGCAGGAUGCGGAAUCUGUGGUCAGUGUGUUGAGGCGUGUGUUCCUGGUGCGGUGCCCUGGCAACAACUGCCCCCUUGUGACUACUGGCAGUGGGGAAGAUGUGGUGCACCGUGAUGCGUGUGUGAACACCUCCAGCUCGUCGCGUGUGUACCUGUCUGACGACCGUGUGCUAUUGACAGAAGCUGGUGUGUACGCUGUGUGUGUCGAUGAUGGUGGUGAUGGAGAGUACACUGCUCCCGCUGCGCUGCCGGUGGCGGUACUGGAGAAACCCUUUGCCUUCAGGAUAACUGCUGACACGGACCGGAACACCGCUACGAUUGAUGUUACUGGCGGUGACCUCAAGUGGCGCAGAGAGCCGUACACGGUGUGCGCUGUGCCACAGGAUGAAACAUGUGAUUCCGUAUAUGCGGGGCGGUGUGUGUGCGAGAAGAGUGGGUUGUCGUGGUCAUCAUCUGUGUUCAUGGAUCUCACCAACAGGGGAAUGCUUGUUACGGAAGUGAGGUUCUGCUUCAUUGCAGCCAACGUGACAAUUGGAGGACGCACCUACACACAGAUGCAGGAUGUGUUAGAGAAUGUGCCGGAGGAUGAUGUUGAGUCGACCACAGGAAUGUCUGGUGGAGUAAUCGCCGGGAUUGUCAUUGCCNGUGUGCGCUGUGUCACGGGAUGA